AAUCAAUUGUUGCGCACGCACACAUACACACUAGCGCGCGCACACACACACACACACACAUAUACACGCACACUGUCACAUACCUUCAACCACAGUGCACAGUCAUUUAUGAUACUUUCAUUUUAGUGAUUUAAAAGUACUUCGUCACAGAUACACAUACACACACACAUACACCUACGCAACACACUAUCCUAUCAUGCUAUCACUUUCUCUCUCUCUCUCCCCCUUACUCUCUCCUUCAUACACACAUACACAUACACACACACAUAGACACAAUCACUCAGUCACUCACAACACGAUAUUCGCCGUCGGUCAAAGGGUUGUGAUACAAUUAUGAAGCUGACAAGACAACUUAUGCAAUUCCGUUGUCCAUGGUCCUAUCAAAAGCUUUUACAGCAAUAUUCUUCAUCACGAUGUCAAAUUCCUCUGGGAUUUUUACCAACACAAGGACUGACCAACUGCUUAGCAACACGUGGUUUAUCUUCAAUGCUAAAUCAAGCAAAUCGGAAACCAUGUUCUCCUAAUGCCCAUCAGACCUCUGUCUGGUCCAUCUUAGGAUGCCAAAGUAUUUUCCAAACUCCAUCCUUGAACUGUCACUGUAAUUCAAAAGAAUCAUCACAGAAACAAAAUGGUAAUUUAUCCCUGGAAGAAGUGGCUGUCAGAUUGGCCAAUGAAAACGGGUAUCUCUCUUGGAACCGUAAUGGUUACUUAGCAACUGCAGUAGGUGUAGCAAUGCAAGCCGAGGCGAAAAUGCCACUAAGUGGAGUGGCUUCUGAAGUUUUGUUUUCUAUUGCUGGAGCAAAUUUAACAAUUGGUUGUGCCAUCUUCAUAUUUAAUGUCUGGAAAUUACAUCCGCAGAUUGGUCUGUCACAGACGGGAGUCUAUUGUGCUAUAUUGUUAUCCGUAGUACAUGUUAUUCUGUGGUUUUUUGCGUUUCUUACAUUCAAGGGUUACAUCACUAAGUAAUAGGCCUAUUUGAUCGCUUUCCAUUUUAACUGAUUAUAUUAUCAAAAUUAAUAUUCAUUUAACUACUAUUAACAACAACAACCACUACUAAUAAUAUUAACAAUAAUAAUGAUAAUAACAACAGUCCUUUCUACUAUAAGCACAAGGGCCUGAAUUUUUGAGAGAGGAUUCUAGUUGAUUACAUCAACCCCAAUACUCAGCUGGUACUUAUUUUAUCGACGCCAAAACGAUGAAAACAAAGUCAGCCACUUUGUUUUAUAUUAAGAUAAUAUAAACAAACAAAUCCAACAGAAAAGUGAACUAACACUUUGCUUGCCAUAGGUGUCACUGGUGAUUCUACGUGUUUUAUUCUUAAUAUGGCACAAAGUGCUAAAAUGCUAAAAAUCCUUCUUUUGAUCAUUGAUAAAAAUUAUAAUCAUCAGGAUAAAUAGUGAUUAUAUUGAUCUUCUUCACCUGUGUUAUUUCAGAGAUAAUCAGCCCUCUUUGUUGUACAAUACUUUAGAAAUUAACCCUUUAGCAUUUAAACUGACCAUAUCUGGCCCAAAUAUUCUACCUGCUUUAUGUUCAGACUGGCCAGAUCUCGUCCCUCGCACCUCACCCUACAAAAUUCUAAAAAUAAACAAUUACAUUAUCGAAAUAUCAAAGCUAUGAAAGACUG